UCUGGUAAACUCUUUAUCCUCAGGAUGCAAGGAUACUUCCCUCUUCCUUUGGAAAGUGUUGAAUCACAGGCAAAGCCCUAAGCCUUUCAGUUGCUUUGGGGUGCAGCACCAUUUCAGACUUUGCCGUUCCCUUCAUGACUGCUGGUUAUAGCCACCCCUGGGUAAAGGCGAGAAGAUCAGGGCUCUCUUCGCCUUGGGCACUGCUCAGUGAUGCAUGUGAGACAUUCUUGAAUGUGAGAAGAAUUAUUUUCAUCAGUUCUAUACCUCCCGCUGCGGCCCUUGCAGACAUGCUGAGAAGCGCCCUGCUGUGCGCGGCGCUGGGGCUCCUGCGCGCCCAGCCUCUCCCCUGUCCCCCCGCCUGCAAGUGUGUGUUCCGGGACGCCGCGCAGUGCACCGGGAGCAGCGUAGCGCGCAUCGCCGAGCUCGGCCUGCCCGUCAACCUCACGCACAUCCUGCUCUUCCAAAUGGGCCGCGGCACCUUACAGAAUCACAGCUUCAGUGGCAUGACCGUCCUGCAGCGCCUGAUGCUGUCGGACAGCCACAUUUCCGCCAUUGCCCCCGGCACCUUCGACGACCUGAUAAAACUUAAAACCCUGAGGCUGUCGCGCAACAAGAUCACUCAUCUUCCAGGUGCGCUGUUGGAUAAGACGGUGCUCCUGGAACAGUUGUUUCUGGACCGCAACGAACUAAAGGACAUUGGCCAAAACAUGUUUCAGAAACUGGUUAACCUGCAGGAGCUCUUUUUGAACCAAAAUCAACUCGCUUUUCUUCCCGCUCGCCUCUUCACAAACCUGGGGAACUUGAAAGUGUUGGAUUUAUCGAGAAAUAAUUUGACCCACCUGCCCCGGGGAUUGUUUGGCGCACAGGCUAAGCUGGAGAAACUCGUGCUGCACUCGAACCAGCUCGUCUCUCUGGAUUCGGGGCUGUUGAGUAGCCUGCGUGCCCUGGUGGAGCUGCAGCUGGACAGAAACCGCAUCCGCUCCAUCGCACCGGGGGCCUUCGACCGGCUCCGGAGCCUGAGCUCCUUGACGCUUUCCAGAAACCACCUGGAGUUCCUGCCCCCGGCCCUCUUCCUUUAUUCGCACAAUUUGACUUUCCUGACCCUGUUCGAGAACCCGCUGGAGGAGCUCCCGGAGGUGCUCUUCGGGGAGAUGGCCGGCCUGCAGGAGCUGUGGCUGAACUGCACGCGGCUGCGCACCCUGCCGGCCGCCGCCUUCCGCAACCUGAGCCGCCUGCGGGCGUUCGGGGCGACCCUGAGCCCGCGUCUGAGCGCGCUCCCCGAGGACGCCUUCCGGGGCCUGGGCGAGCUCCAGGUACUCGCCCUGCACUCCAACAGCCUGGCCGCGCUCCCCGGCGGCUUGCUGCGCGGCCUCGGCCGGCUGCGCCGCGUGUCGCUGAGCCACAACCGGCUGCGGGCCCUGCCCCGAGCGCUCUUCCGCAACCUCGGCAGCCUGGAGGGAGUCCGGCUCGAGCACAACCUGCUGGAGACCCUGCCCGGAGACGUGUUCGCGGAUCUGCCCCGGCUGGCGGAGGUCCUGCUGGGGCACAAUCCCUGGCGCUGCGACUGCGAACUGGGGCCGUUCCUGGCGUGGCUGCGGCAGCACCCGGGCCUCGUGGGCCGAGCCGAGCCCCCGCGGUGCCGCGGCCCCGGACCCCGCGCCGGCCUGCCGCUCUGGGCCCUGCCCGACGACUACCCCGAGUGCCGGAGCGCCCGCGGCCCGCCUCCCCGCUCCGCCGCAGCCCCCGCGGCCCCGGGCCACACGGCCUCGGUGCCCGACAGCUGGAAACCCCGGGCCCCGGCGCAGCUCGUGGCCGACGGCAGUCGCCAAGACCACAGCCUGUUCUGGGGUCUUUACUUCCUGCUUUUGGCUGCUCAGGCCGUAAUAACGGGGGUCAUUGUGUUUGCUAUGAUUAAACUCGGCGGGCUCUUUCGAAAAUUAAUGAGAGAGGGAGCGAGCGAGCGAGCUUUUGUUUGAGUCAAUGGGACAACCUCGCCGCUAAUUAAAACGUGGCCAGAGUACUGUCAGAGGUGGCUCGGGGGAGAAUCCGGACGGGCUGCUGCUGUCUUCCUCUCCCCUCUCCCUCCCCUCCUCCCCUCCUCCCUUCCUUCUUCCCCCCUCUCGCCUCAAUCCCACCUCCCCGUCUCCCUCCUCCGUCCCUCCCCUCAGCAGGCAUCCUUGUCUGCCUUACAGGGUGGAUUGUUCUCUUAAGCUACUUUUGAAAAACAGAACUCUUGCAGUUCUUUCCUUUGUCCUGUCUUUUUCUCACGUUGUGUGUCUCAGACCCGUGCACUAUUUGGGGGAGCGCUGGGUUUCCUUCCUUCAGCGUUUAUUUUCGGAGGAGGCCUCCUCUGUGAUAGGCGGGAGACAAAGAACACAAAGCCUUCCCACCAGGAGCUCGGCCCCCAGGGACAGAAGCCUCGAGGGUCAGUGGUGCGGGCUAAGUGAGGGGCAGCAGGAGAAACCGAAACCGGCAGGAGGAGGGGACUGGAGCUGAGGGUUGCAGGAGGAGGAGGAGCAGCUCCCCAGAGGUCUAAGUGCCCAGGGAGUAGGGGCCCUGGAUCCUCGGAGUCCCUGUCCGUGCCCGGUGACCACUGCUCUGCCCGCCUGUUUCCCUUCUCUGUUUCUCCUUGCUUCCUGCAUGGGUGAAGCGUGUCAUUGUGACACUGGGUUGGUUUCCAUUUCCUGGCACUAAAUGCUACCUCAUUUCAUAAGCAUUUAUGGAACACCUAACAUGUGACAGGUGUUCAUGAAUUUUAAUGAUAAGCUUGGUUUCUAGUUUAUUAUGGUGGCAUCACGUUCUCAAUUAGUCUUCCAACUGAGGGCCAUAAAGCUCUUAUUGCUUUAAUUGGAUGUCUGUGCUCUUGAGAAGCAGUGGUUUAAACAUGGGCUGGACAGUGGACAAUCGUGGUGUCAAAUCCCACCCCCACCAUCUGCACAGGGCUUUGGGCAAGACACCUAAACUCCCUAAGCCUCCGGUGUCCUCCUGCCUGGCAAGGGGUAAAUAGUGCCUGCCUCACAGAGUUGUUGUGAGAGUUAAGGGCAAUACAGUGUGUGCUGACUUCGCCCAGUGCCCCGCAUACAGUCAAUGCUCAAUAAAUGUUAGCUCUUAUUAUUAAAGAGCAAGCAAUUAUUACUGCUGUCAUGAUCGCUAAAGAAAAGCUAUGAGCUGGUUUCUUCUCUGUGCAUUUAAAGGUGAGAGCAAACUUUCUCAGAUGGGAGAUUACAUUCAAUCACUUUGUCUUCCCCUUAGUUGGUCUUGGCCCUGGGUAGUCGGGCUCUGUGCUCACAGUCCCGAGCAGUAGGUCCUCUGAACACCAACUGUUGUGGAGCCGGAAGGGCUGGGUUCCUGGCGUUGGUAGGCAGACUUCUCCUUCAAGACCAAGUUCAACUGGUAAAGCCUUCCAUGACUGCUCAGGCAGACUCAAGUGUUCCCUGUUGUGUCGUGUACUCUCCUCCCGGACUACCAUGCACUAAGCACCCUCAGCACCCCUGUCCGGCCUGGCUCACUCUUCCCUCUAGGGCAUGUGUGUGUUAAUGUGACCCCUGCACUGUAGGCUUCUUGGCCCAACCUUGUCUUAUUUAUUUCGACUGCUCCAAAAACUGAAACUUAUCCAAAUCAUGAAACCCAGACUUUUUGAUGGAAUGUGAACUCUAGUCCUAACCACUGUGUUCUUGGGCAAGCUACCUAGCUCUCAAAGCCUCUGUUUCUUCACCUGGGGAGUGAGGAUAAUUAUGGCCCAUACCAUUGUGGCAAGGAUGAAAUGACCUAACCAAAUAGUAAAGCCAGUGACUGGUGCGUAUGGAGCUCAACAGAAGUUGGCUAUCCUUAUGAUUAGCUCUUUCAGAACACACAGUGUUCUAACAUGCCUCAGGGCCUUUGCAUAUGUUCAUUCAUUCAGCAGCUAUUUGUGGAGUACCUCCUCUGCACCAGGCACUCUUCUAAGUGCAGGGAGAGAGCAGAGCGUAGAGCAAAGUACACGCUUUACAUUUCGGUGUCCCCUCCAACGAAAACAUCUCCCUGGAACUCCUGGCCAUUACCUUCAAACAUUCAGAAGAGUAUGGAGAGCAACUUUGGAUACCUCAACCAGCUUUAUAAAAAGCUGCUAUAUUUGCUUCAGAUAUUUUUUUUAACACAAUAAAAUAUGACAAAGUUGCAA